CAUCUUGUAUUUCUACUUGAACUUUUUCCGUUAAGAUGCAUUAAUUUUUUUACUUUAUACCUCUUUUUUCGACUCUUUUUGUCGCCCUGAUGGAUGCUGGGGAAGAAGGUAUUUGCGAGGAAUAUGCGUCAUCGCUCGAAGACUUGACUUUUAAUUCUAAACCAUUAAUCAAUGUGCUCACGAUGCUAGCCGAAGAAAACAGUCAGUAUGCCGCGAACAUAACAAAGCUUAUUGAAAAACGCAUUUGUCAGGUUCCACAACAAUUAAAGCUACCCUCCCUUUACUUGCUUGACUCCAUUGUGAAGAAUGUUGGAGGAGGGUACCUGAAGCUUGUAGCAGAGAUUAUGGAAAAUAGUUUUACUUGUGUAUUUGAAAAGGCAGAUGAGAAGACCCGUCGGGAUCUAUACAAGUUGCGGCAUACUUGGCAGCAGUAUUUUCCAGCCAAGAUGUUGCAUGACUUGGAUGUUGCUGUCAAUAAGCAUGACCCUGGCUGGCCCAUUUCUCCUGCUCCUCCACCAAGUCCUUCUAUACAUAUUAACCCGAAGUUUCUGCCAAAGCAAGAGACACUAAGUAGCCGUGAUCCACGUAUCCGCCGAAAUGAGCCUGAACCUGAUCAUAUUCCAGAGCCAGAAUGUUUUGGUGAUUCUUUGGAAACUGUCCCAAGCUCUAAGAUAAAAAGUGUCCAGCAUAUGUCUGUGGCAGCCAAUCCAUUAGUAAGCUCAAGUAGAGUUCCUUCACAAACUCAUCUUGAAAGGGAAGUUACAGGCAGUCCAAAGUAUGGUGACUUGCAGAAACCAUCAAGGCCCAAGAGUGCACACAAAAGGCGAAAUUCUGGUGACUGGUCAAGCCACUCACCAAAUCAUGAAAACUACAAAGAUGAGCCAGAAGAAACGCAUGAUGUCAGAGGAAAAGCACGGAGGGGAAGAAGACGCUCUAACGAAAGGCAGAGAGAAAGAGGAAAAGGUGAGAGGGGCAGAGGUCGUGGCCAUGAACCAGGAAAAAGAGGCAGAGAAAUGGAGCAUGAAAAAACUGAGCGUAGGUAUAACAGAGUGCCAGACAGAGGCUCCAGACAGACAGUUAUUACAGGGAGACAUGAUGAAACAAAUCAUCCUUUUCGGGAUGGUUUGAGGAAGAGGAACGAACCUUUCCUGCCACGAGAAGAGCAUGUGAUGAAUCAGGAAAAGUGGAGGAGGGAUCCAGCAGAAUUUCCAAGUGUAGAUGAAAGGUCUCGGCUUGGAAAACAUGGCUCUGAGGGUCCACCUAUGAGAGACAGAUAUGUAGGUAAAGAUUUCAGGGGUAGUAAAAGUCCACACUAUGGUCGUGAUGAAUUUGUCAGGAUGGGAAGUCCAGGAAUGCACGAAGAGAGACCAAGGGGAAAUGGAUGUGAAAGAGAACAAUAUGAAAAUGUUGAACGAUUCAAACCGCAUCAAAGCAGUCAAGGAAUGCUACAAGAUCCCGACUUUCAGUUUAGAGAGGAAGUGCAGGGUCACCCUUCAGUCCCUUUUCAUGAUGACCCAAGAGAUAGACCUGUGGGAGAACCUCUGUCAAAGAAACCAAGACCUCUUCUCUCAGAUGUGGAGAUAACUGAACUGCGGAACAGAAAGGGGGCACUCCCAAAUACAGGCAGAAUGACACCACCACCUGUUUUCCAUGAAGGUUUCCUUGGAGAACCCAUGGACAUUCACUCACAUCCUAUGGAUGCUGAACAUCCUUCACCUCGGGAUCAUAGCUUUGGGCCGCCAGGCCCAGGAAUACGGAGAGAAUUUAGGCCUCAUACUCCACCCAUGGAACAACAUCCAGGAGAAUGGACUCCAGGGUUUGAAAUUCCACGUGAGCUCAUGUUGGAUCAUCAGAAUGAAAUUAUGAGGCAGGCUGAAAGUCGUCUUCGUGCAGGAGAGUUGACUUUGGAGCAACAUGAUGAUUUAGUGGAUAAACUUCGCCAAUUGUAUGAGCUUCAGAGGCAUCCUGAUUCAAUGCUACUGCCAGGAGAGAACAGGCCUCCACCAAAUUCUGAGCAUUUACCAAGACGCAUGAUGCACUCAAGAUUAGAGGAACCUCCAUUUAGACCAUGUGGACCAGAGGGGGCACUGGAUAGGCCUGGAACUCCACCAGAAAUAGGCCCUGGAAGACCAAUUGCUUCAAGAUUUGAUGGUCCUCCAGAACAUCUCAGAAUACAAACCAGAGGUCCUUCUCCCAUGGAACCAGGCCAUAUGAUGAGGGUUGAGGUCCCCAGAUUUGAAGCCAGCGAACCUGAAAUGAGGAGAUUCAAUGAUGACUUCAGAAGAGCACCAAUGGAAGUGGAUCCUACCUCACUCGGUAGACCAAUACCAAUGGGUGGUCCCCCCAUAAGAACUGAAAGACCAUUUGACAACAGUCCAAGGCUUGAUGGUGGGUUGAACCCUCAGUUUUCUCAUGGAAGGCCUGUGGAGGAGAUUGCUAGACAUCCAACCAGUCAUGAAAACAGCCUAGGGUCCAUGGUAACACCCAGCACACCACCAAGGCAGGACAAAGCCCAAGAAGUACCUCACACUCCCAACACUAUGAUGGAGAAGAGAUCUGUUGAUGAUCUCUUUCGAAAACUGAUGGAUUUCGGAAUAAUCAAGGUGAUGCCUGAACCGGGUAGUGAACCUCCUCAGCAUGUGGCCGCACCAGCACUCCCACAGGCUGAGAUGCAAAAUCAACGACCCCUCCCUGGACUACCGGUUUCUCUACCAGGCCUCUCUCUGCCAGCCACAGCUGCAAAACAAACGCAACCUCCCAAAGAGGAGAAACACGUCAUUCCACCCAUGAAACUUGUUCCCGAGGACCUAAAAAAGCGUCACGAUAGUAUAAUCGCCAGCCUUUAUGAUGGCACGCAGUGUUCAUCAUGUGGGCUGCGGUUUCCUGGUGAAGCUGCAAAGAUCUACCGUGAGCACUUGGAUUGGCAUUUCCGUAAAAACCGCCGAGAGAAGGACGGCAGGAGAGUAGCGCACAGGCAGUGGUACUUUGUUGUCAACGACUGGCUGAACUAUGAGGAGAUAUCAGAUCCCGACGAAAGAGCAAAGAGUUCGUUCUUUGAUGUUACUAAGGGAGCUGCAGACUCUCCUGAUCCCUCGAAAGAAACAGAUAAGGAGUUGUUGGCAGAUGGGAGCUGUCCUGUGCUUCCUGGUGAUACAGAAGCUGAAGCGGAAUGCGACAUCUGUUGCGAGAAAUUUGAGCAAUUCUGGGAAGAGAUUAAUGAAGAGUGGCAUUAUAAGUCUGCCGUACGCAUUGAUGGCAAGACGUACCAUUAUUUGUGCUACCAAGACGUCAAGGAGAGCCAAAUUCAAACAGAAGAGGACGAAAACGAGCAGGAGAAAGAUGACGAAAACCCCGAAAUUUCUGUGGAAGAAAAAUCGCCGGGAAAGGAUGGCGCAAAGACAGAGAAAAUCGAUGAAAACGAUCAAGCAAAGGCAGAACUGGGACACGAGGAAGGUCGUGAUAGGGAACCACAAAUACCUCAAAGUAAAGGGGCGUCCGAAAGCAAUCCGCAAAAACCAGAGACUGAUAAUUCAGAUUCACAUUUUAAGGCAUGUGAAGGGAAGGGCGUGGUUAGUUUGUCUAGUAAUGUUAAUGAAAAUAAAGAAAAUGAAACGAAGGGUGAUGAAACAUAGUCACUCUAGUUCAGGGCAGUGCCUUGAUCAUGCGUCCUCUAUUAGCAUUUUCAAACAGCCAAGUGACAUUGAAGAAAGAAAGAAAGAAAAAUUUUUACAAAAUCAUUUCCCCCAUUCUCCUCCUCUUAGGGUCCCAGUUUCCUGUGCAUGAAAAGCGCGAAAGAAACUAUGAUCGUUAAUAGCGACUUGUUAUGUGCCCAUGCCUCUUGAAAAGUUAAAUCCCAUGGCAGUUUUGGAUGCCACCGCCAUUUCCCAGCGUUCCGCUAAUUUUUUUGUUGGCCAUGAUAAUUUCACUUCUUCGGCAUUCUUGCGCGUGAUUAUGCAUUAAAACGAAGUAUUGAAACACUGAAGUAUCAGGGGCUUCACCAUACUCUUUAUCAAAGAUAAUUCGAACUGAAAAAAAUGUUUGGAAAAACAGGAAAUUUGAACAGAGUCUUAUUUAGCUAACUCAAGAAUAAAGAUAAUCUACGAGGUGUGGUAACUUGAAAUAUUUCCUGCCGACCUGAUGUACAAUGCCAGCAAGCUGUGGAAAUAAAGAAUUUCUUACAACUU